AUGAUUCAUGAGAGCCUAGCGCUUUGCGGUCUUACCAUUUCCGUUCUAGUGGUUCACUGCUUACCCCUCGUCGCAUUUCAACGUCACCAGACUAGUUUACUCUCCCUAUGCAUCGUCUACAAAAUGGCAUACAACCUGUCAGAUAUUUUGAAGAGUGCGUCGGUAGACUUGGCUCCGUACGAGGAUCUCUACAAGUAUUUCCACGCCCAUCCUGAACUCUCGCUGCAAGAAGAAGCUACCUCUCAAACGGUCGCAGCCCAUUUAUCCCAGUUCAACGCGUAUGAGAUCCACACCAACAUCGGCGGCUAUGGGCUCGCAUGCGUCCUCAGGAAUGGCGAUGGCAAGACCGUCCUCCUGCGAGCGGACAUGGACGCACUCCCCGUCAAGGAACUUACCGGACUGCCGUACGCGAGCACAGUCAGGAUGCGCGACGCCGACGGGGUUGAAAAACCAGUGAUGCACGCCUGCGGACAUGACAUGCACAUGACAUGCCUGCUCGCGGCAGCGGAGACUCUUGCGAACAUGCAGCAUGCAUGGAGCGGAACGCUGAUCGUGCUGUUCCAGCCCAACGAGGAACGCGGCGGUGGCGCGCAGGCGAUGGUGGACGAUGGCCUCUACUCCAAGAUCCCCGUGCCGGAUUAUGUCUUUGGCCAGCACGUCAUGCGCAUGCGGGCAGGAAGCGUUGGCUGCCGGCCGGGAACCAUCAUGGCUGCUGCUGAUAGUCUCAAAGUCACCGUCUAUGGGCGCGGUGGCCAUGGAUCCCUGCCGCAUCAGACCGUCGAUCCUGCGCUUCUCGCUGCGCACAUUGUUGUCAGACUGCAGGGGAUUGUGAGCCGAGAGAUUGACCCCAGCGACCUCGCCGUCGUGACUGUUGGAAGUCUGCAAGCGGGGCAGACCGAGAAUAUCAUUGCGGACCGGGCGGAGGUUGGGCUUGAUUUCCGGACCGUCAAGCUGGAGACUCGGCAGAAGAUCCUCUCUGCUGUCCAGCGCAUUGUCGAGGCCGAGUGCAUGGCAAGUGGCUCGCCGAAACCGCCGGUGUUUACUCCCACGCGCCGGUUUCCGCCAACGGUCAACGACGAACAGGUGGCGUCUCAGUUGGCGGCGUCGUUUGCACAGCAUUUUGAGGAUUUUGACGGGGAUACACCGAGGACCAAUGUCAGCGAAGACUUUUCUACGCUGGGUACUUGCAGAGGUAUUCCGUGCUGCUUUUGGUUCCUUGGGGGUAUCGAUGCAGAACUCUGGGACCAGGCAGUGAGAGAAGACAGUCACACAGAUGAGAUCCCUGGCAACCACUCGGCGCUUUUUGCGCCAGUUAUACAGCCAACGAUGAGAGCUGGAGUGGAUGCUCUCUGCCUUGCAGCUUUGACGUUUCUGAGGAAAUAG